CUCUAUUGUUGCAACAUAGAACCAUCGCGUACAAUUUCAAGGGAUUACGACCGCAUUGGUUACAGAGAUCUAGAUAUGUACAGAGACCGUCUCUCUUCUGGACUCAGUCGCACCUACGGAGGUUCGUCCCCUCCCCGUGGGAGGUUACCACCCCCCUCAAGGUCAGCAUACUCGCCCCCUAGGGUACCCACAAUGAGUAGUAGGGACCUAGAUAGGGAUCGCAUAAGGGACUACAGCCCUCCUGCCCGCAGACCCGCCCCAUAUGACUCUCCACGUGGGGGUCCCCCAAUGAAGAGGCCGAGACCAGAUGACGGGUUAUCGGGUCGAGGCCCACCCAUGAGAGACGGGCCCCCUAGGUCAAUGUCUCGGGAAGGACCAUCCAGGGACUCUGCCCGAGGACCACCAACUUUCAGGCGUUAGAUAGUGGCAAAGGAAUAGCAGCUUGAGAAGAUGUUUUACCGAUCUGACAAUACACAUUAGUCAUCUGCCGUAUUUUAACUCAGAACAGCAAAUGUGAAGUGAAGUAUGUGUUUAUUCAACCUAUCAUCAUCGGCACCAUUGGACUCACGGCCACCAUAUAAACUAACCGGAAUCGCGUGUACAGUGCUUAAGAAAUGGAAGGACCUUUGGGUUAUGACACAACAGGUUAAGUUUUGUAUCGGAGUAUGUUGUUGAAAGACUUUUACUAAGAAAUGUGUUCAGCUUAGGAUUUUACGCUGUUAUUGCAAUGACUUGACUGGUAUGAUUUAAAUAACCUUAUACAAAAGCAGCAGAAACGUACAUGGUGAAAUGUCAGUAACUGUGUAAACAUGUGUCCACAAAACAACCAGUCCUGUUGCGGAAAAGUUGUAUUUUUAUGUACAAAUACUAAUUCUGUGUUUUCAGAUAAAGUUUGUUGUAAUGUUCCACGUUUUCUUAAGUUGAUUUGUAUUUUAUCCUUGAGUUGAAAUAGAAAAUCAUUCAUUAGAAUUGCUGAAAUGUUUGUCUGAAUAAUGUUUAUGUCUAGUAAGAAAAGAAACUUUUGAAAACACUUGAAGGUUUUUGUGAAUAAAAGUUCAUAAUAGAAGAUACAGUAUUUUCCAUACAGCACGUUUUUAAAUUAGAUUUUCAGCCAAGGUAUCAUGAAAGAAGAGAACUUACAUUUUAUAAUUGAAUGAAAUUCAGUAGUUGAACAUGAUCUGUUUGUGUUGUUUUGAAGAUGAAUUAAGAAAGGUACAGAAUG